AUGGUCGUACCAGAUCCGAAGGAACCGGUACCCGUGUUGGACCCGAAGGCCCCAACACUCGAUCCAUUGAAGGAUCCGAAGGAACCACUAAAAGUGGAACCAACCGACCCACUGGAGGAUGAUCCAACAGUGGGCCCAAAGGGGUUCGUAAACCCCCAUGACAAUGUAGACGAAGAGGUGAACCCAGGGGUAGGGACCAUUGUGGGGAUUGGUCCGGUGUUCGCCAUGGUGGAGGAGAUGAUGGCGGUGGUGGUGGCCGGAUUGGUGGCAGCGGCGGUGUUGGAUUCAGUCGACAUCUCCAGCAAAGGUAAUAUCCCCAGCUCAAUUGGUGGUUGCCAGUUAUUAGAAUCUCUCUACUUAUCGAAUAAUUUGCUGGACGGACCUAUUCCCCAAUCCUUAGGAAAUGUUAGAAAUCUGAACGCAUUGGAUUUAUCUUACAAUAACCUUUCAGAAUCUAUACCCAAGUCAUUAGAAGACCUUCGUUUUCUUGAGUAUUUCAAUGUUUCCAACAACAAAUUGGUUGGGGAAAUUCCAGACAGGGGUUGUUUUGGUAACUUGACUGAUCAAUCUUUUUCCAACAACCUUGCCCUUUGUGGUCCAAUAAGAUUCAAAGUUCCACCAUGCACCGACAAUCAUCAUAGAUCAAAAAGCUUGAUGAUAUUUAUAGUGCCUUCUGUGAUUUUAGCUGUGACUAUGAGCAGGGAACCAGUAGUUUUAGUGAGAGCAACCUUCUUGGAAGAGGAAGUUUUUUGUUCGGUAUUUGAAGCAACACUAUCUGAUGGGUUGAAAACUGCGGUAAAAGUUUUCAACUUGCAAUUACAAGGAGCUGAAAGGAGCUUUGAUACUGAAACUGAGAUACUUGGGAGCAUUCGACACAGAAACAUUGUUCGAGUUAUUGGAUGUUGCAGUAGCCCAGAAUUUAAAGCUCUGGUUCUCACAUAUUUGCCAAAAGGGAGCUUGGAUAAAUGGUUAUAUCCAAACAUUCAUUGUCUAGAUCUUAUCCAGAGACUGAAGAUAGGAAUAGACGUUGCGACAGCCUUGGAAUAUCUUCACCAUGGCCAUACAUUCCCCGUUGUCCAUCGUGAUGUAAAGCCAAACAAUGUUUUGCUUGAUCAAGACAUGGUCGCUCAUCUUGGUGAUUUUGGCAUUGGGAAGUUGUUUGGCGAUGGAGAAGUUGUCGUCCAAACACAAACAUUGGCGACUAUCGGCUAUGCAGCACCAGAGUUGGGAAUGGAAGGGAAAGUGUCCACACAUGGAGAUGUGUACAGUUUCGGGAUGAUGUUGCUUGAGAUGUUUACAGGGAAGAAGCCAACAGAUGAUAUGUUUGAUGGGGAAAUGAGGUUGAAAGAGUGGCUAAAGGUUGGAUUUUUAGAAGGUUCAUGUGUUACAGAUCCUACAGAACCAGAACCACAGGCCAAGAAUGGUGAGGGAGUGAGAGACUUGGCAGUGGCGUCGGAGGUGGAAGAAGAGAUCACGCCACUGACAGAGGAGGUGCGGCAAGAUCAGGGGAAUGAUCAGCCGAAGGUAGCAGCAGUCACGGAGGGCAGAAAACUCAGACCAAGAGACAAUCUCAAGCCUCCGGAGCGCCUCCAGAAUUACGUCCCCAAAUAA